AAUAACACAAGCACAAUCUCCUUAGACUCCUGAGUUUUCCUUCAUAAAUGGUUCCAUCCCUAUAUAAACCAAAACAAUUCACAUGGUCUUUUCCGCAUCUCUCUCCCACAUCAAUCUAUCUCAUUACCUCUCUAUCUUUUUCAGUCUCAGAAAUGGCUUCCAUUUCCUUCAGGGUUUUCUUUUUUGCAUUUCUGCUGGCAUUGAGCUUGCUUUUCAUGGCCAACGCAAGGCAAGUGGACGACUUCGAGCCAACAACAACAACCGACCUCAUGGCUCGGUUGAAGUUGGAUGAGGAAUCAACCAACUGCUGGGACUCGUUGAUUCAGCUCCAAUCAUGCACUGGAGAGCUCAUUAUGUUUUUCCUGAACGGUGAGACCGACCUAGGACACAGCUGCUGCCAAGCAAUUCGUACCAUAAGCCAUCAAUGCUGGCCGAGCAUGAUCGAUGCACUAGGCUUUACCAAGGAAGAGACCCACGUUCUUGAAGGCUACUGCGACCAUGAAGAUGAUCAGUCACCACGAUCCGUUGGUUCCUCAAAAUUACUUGUUCCCUAAGUGGA